AUGGCCAACAACAAAGCGACUGGGCCUGAUGAGAUCCCGGCUGAACUGUGGAAACGGUUAGGAGAACAGGGUACCACAUUCCUAACACUGCUUUUUAAUAGAAUUCUACGUGAUGGACUACCGACCGAAUGGAGGAAGAGUUAUCUGAUCCCAUUCUUCAAAAACAAAGGGGACAUCAGACUGUGUGAGAACUACCGCGCCAUUAAACUUAUGUCACACACGCUCAAAAUAUGGGAAAGAGUCAUCAAUAACCGACUCCGGAAGUUAAUACAUCUGUCCGAAAACCAGUGUGGGAGAAUGCCGGUUCGUGUAAAGGGAAAGGUGUAUAAAACCGCGGUCCGCCCUGCCCUAAUUUAUGGUGCCGAAUGCUGGCCCAUGAAAAAGGUCCACACCACAAAGGUACAUACGACAGAAAUGAAGAUGCUGAGAUGGGCCGGAGGUGUCACCCUCGCCGACAGGGUGAGGAAUGAGCAUAUCCGUGGAAGUUUUAAGAUCCGCCCUAUUGAAGAAAAACUAUCAGAAACGCGUCUUAGGUGGUAUGGGCAUGUAAUGAGAAGGCCUGAAGAGCAUGUGACCCGACAAGUCCUUAAGAGCCAACAGGAGUGGACAGGCCCGUUAAUCCGAACUGGAGAACUGUCAGACCUGUAUACCGUACAGGAUUUCAUCUACCUCGGUUCACUGACGGACGGCGAUUGUGAGCUAGAGGUGAUCAGAAGAGCUCAGAUCGCUAAACCUGCGGUUAGAGAACAUCUGGAGGAACAGAGGAAUCAGCAUAGCAACCAAAACAAAGCUAAUGCGUACCCUGGUCUUCUCUAUAUCUCUCUGGGGUCUGGUCUUAUUUAUUAUAUUCCUGUAUGGUUCGGAAACAUGGACUCUGAGAGCGAGUACUCGGAGUAG